CUUUUUUCAAUCAUUUUUUUGCACGAAAACUUUUUUUCACACCUUCAUUUGUCUUUUUUUUAAAAACACUGGUCUUAGUUUUUUAUUUUAGUAUUUCUUUGCUUGUUUUAUCAUUAAUUAAAAUUGCAGUUGGCUUUAUCGUUUGGCAAAUGGUUGCUAUCCGCAGACGGUUCACAAUUGCAGCGCAACUUGUUUUGCUUCUGGCCAUAUGCCUGACCGCCAUGGGAGCAGCAGAGGCACUUGCUACUGACAAUGCCAAGGAUGCGUCUCUUCGUAAGCAGCCCAGACAGCUUACCAUUACCUGGACGCAACAGCUCGGCAACUCGGCCUUGCCAACUACCUUCAGGGACAGCAAUGGCAAUAUUCGUCCUAUCAUCACGCUGCCGGUUAUCACUCUGGCUUUUUCAUCAAAGGAAUCGGAUACCGGCAGCGUCACUGGCGAGCUGACCCCCAGCAAGACAAUGCAGACGCAAGAGACGGAUCAAUUCCCGACUACUCUAUCAACCACAGAUGACGCUGAAGGGGAGACUACACCCACUACAGCUACUUUGCUCGACCAGACCAGCGAUACCACAGAGACUAUUGAAGCCACUGAAACAAUUGAUACCACUACCACGGAGACCCAGGAAGAGGAUGCCUCUACUUCACCAACAACCGACACGGGCACCGAAACGGAUAAUACAGACUCUCAGCCCACUGAGCUGACGACUGUGGAGGAAACCGACACGCGUACUUCUGCUAUAGACUCAGCCACCACGAGAAGCACUACUGAAGAUAGGUCACGCACAAACGAUAGCCUCCAAACCACAACCAGCAACAGCUCUGAUGGCAGUAACAGCAGCCAGCAGAGCACUAAAUCCUCGCGCAAAUUGUCCGGCGGCGCCAUAGCCGGCAUCGUCAUCGGCGUCGUAGCGUUCGUGGUCAUUGUAAUUGCAGUGGUGCUGUUCUUCUACUAUAAUCGCAGGAAGAACAAACGACUGAGCAACCAGCUAGAAUUUGACCACGACUUCCCGCAGUAUAACCCGUCGGCACCAAUCCCAUUCCCACCGGCUCCAAGGAGCCACCGUCAAUCGGUUGCAGGCAUUCUGCCGAACCAGAUGCAGUAUACUGACAGCGGGAAUGACGGAUACAACGUGGUGAGCGACACUUCUGUUUUGCCGGCUGCGUACAGGCUACCAGAAACACUGUCGCAGACACUGUCGCAGUCCUCCUUAAGUGAUAGUUUUGUUAACAGGCGUCAGCCUCCAGUUUUCAUGCGCGAUUUGGAUGAGUCUUGAAUUACAGAUUUAUUAAUAUAAAAA